CGUUUAAUGCUUCCCAACUGUUAUUCUUUCCCCUCAUUAUCACGGCACCAAGUAAUCUGUCUUUCCCCCCCCCCUCCAAUCCCCUCCCCCUCCUCUUGGAAGAUAUGGAAGAGAAAGAUAAAGCGGCUGCCUGCGGGCGCUGAUGCGCGCAGCUCGCGUGCCUCUGCCGCCGGAGCCGGGGCCACUCCGCAGCCGCCUCUCGGAAAGAGCCGCUUGCCGCGGGAUGGGAUGCAACUUCUGGUGAUUGGAUCACAGUGCCUCCAGGCCUGAACUGAAGUGUUAGUGGAUGAUGAGGCUACAUGCCUGCAUUGGCCAAGAUGAGAGGAAACUCUUGAAAUUUGAACUGUGGCAUGUAUUUUGCUCCAGAACUCUCCCACUCAGGCUUAAGUGAUAAUUGAGUCUCUUGUUAGCAGCACAGAAAUGAAUAACUCAACGUACAUAAACUCUUCCUCUGAAAAUGUAAUAGCUCUGGAGAGCCCCUAUAAAACUAUUGAAGUGGUCUUCAUCGUCUUGGUGGCAGGUUCUCUCAGCUUAGUUACCAUAAUUGGGAACAUCCUGGUCAUGGUGUCAAUCAAAGUCAACAGGCACCUGCAGACUGUCAACAACUAUUUCCUGUUCAGCUUGGCCUGCGCUGACUUGAUCAUAGGCAUCUUUUCCAUGAACCUAUAUACCCUCUACACUGUGAUAGGCUACUGGCCCUUAGGGCCCGUGGUAUGUGACCUCUGGCUGGCUCUUGAUUAUGUGGUCAGCAACGCCUCUGUGAUGAACCUCCUUAUCAUCAGCUUUGACAGAUACUUUUGUGUCACCAAGCCUCUGACAUACCCUGUAAAGCGGACGACUAAGAUGGCAGGCAUAAUGAUUGCAGCUGCAUGGGUUCUCUCCUUCAUCCUGUGGGCCCCUGCAAUUCUCUUCUGGCAGUUCAUUGUAGGGGGAAGGACUGUUCCCGACAAGGAUUGCUACAUCCAGUUUUUUUCCAAUCCUGCUGUCACUUUUGGCACUGCCAUUGCAGCAUUCUAUUUACCUGUUAUAAUCAUGACUGUUCUUUACUGGCAAAUCUCUCGAGCCAGCAAGAGUCGAAUAAAGAAAGGGAAAAAGGAAGCUGCCCAAAACCAGGAUCCAGUUUCCCCCAGCCUUGUCCAAGGUAAAAUAGUAAAACCAAACAAUAACAACAUCCCAACUAGUUCAGAUGGGCUGGAACAUAAUAAAAUUCAGAAUGGAAAAACCACUGGAGAGAGUGUGAUGGAAAACUGUGUUCAAGGGGAGGAGAAGGACAGCUCCAAUGACUCCACCUCAGUGAGUGUUGUCCCUUCCAACAUAAAAGAGGAUGAAGCUGCCAAAGAUGCCAGCCAGACUUCUGCCUCCCAAGACCAUCUCAAAGUGGAGAACUCCAAGCUGACAUGCAUCAGGAUAGUAACCAAGUCCCAAAAGGGUGACUGCUGUGCUCCCACCAACACUACUGUGGAAAUUGUAGGCACCAAUGGGGAUGAGAAGCAGAAUAGUGUAGCCCGGAAAAUAGUCAAGAUGACAAAGCAGCCAGCCAAAAAGAAACCACCACCUUCUAGAGAGAAAAAAGUGACAAGGACCAUUUUAGCCAUCCUCCUAGCUUUCAUCAUCACCUGGACCCCAUACAAUGUUAUGGUGCUCAUCAACAGCUUCUGUGCAUCCUGCAUCCCUGGUACUGUAUGGACCAUAGGUUAUUGGCUCUGUUACAUCAACAGCACCAUCAAUCCUGCUUGUUAUGCGCUCUGCAAUGCCACAUUCAAGAAGACCUUUAAGCACCUUCUUAUGUGCCAUUACAAGAAUAUAGGAGCAACAAGGACUGAAUAUCAAAAGAAGUUGUAAAUUCAAAGGUCUUAUCAAAUCAACCACCAUGGUGGCCAAAUGAAGAGCCUCAGCUGAAAACUAGAAAUGAGUUCAUUACUAGGAAAAUAGAGGUUACGUCCUUUUAAAGUUAGAUAUACAGAUGAAGAAAUAUGCUGAGCCUCCACAGAAGAAAUAAUUAAUAUUAAAUGACGGUGCUCUUAAUCAGACAAAAUUCUCAAUUUAUUAAUUGAGGAAAAGAAUGGAAGAAACCAAUGUGCCCACACAGAUCAUGCUCUGCCUAAGCCCUUAGUGUGAAACAAGGGUCCUACCUAGAUGCAUCUUUGACAACAUCUUUACUUUCUGGAAAAGAUUUUCACUACUUUUCAUUUUGUGCUAGAUAGGAGCAAUAUUUUCACUGCAUGCCAACAGAUAAUACUAAUAAAAAGGCUGAGAUGAAAACAGUGAUUACUCAAAACAAGAUACCAAAAUAGUCUAGACUGGGGGCUGGCAAGGCUCAAGAUUGAGUUAUUAUCUGCUACUCUGCACCAGCUCAAAUCCGUAUUAUUUCUUCCUGGCAAAGAAUUUACUAUCUCAAUAUUUCAUAUUUAUUGUAGCACAACUGAGCACUGUGUGGAUAGAACAAAGAGUAUUAGAUUACUCAAAAAUGAAAUUGUCUGUGAAUUUUGCAUAUUACAGUUACCUCCUUCUCCAUAACUCUAACAGGAGGUAAACCUACGCAUUUUAUUACCAAAAAGCAGUUUGCUGCAUAGUCUCUCAAGAGACUGUUUUCUGGAGUGAAAGCCACCUACCAAAUGGGACCCUAAACCAUUCUAUUAUUUCAUGUUACCGUAUUAGAGUCUUCCAAAAUGCACUUUGAAAUAAAAGCCUUCAAGAUUGUGGGAAAAUUAAACCUGCAGACUUAAGCUUUACAUUUGACAAGCUUAUUGGAGAAGAGUGUCAAAGCACUUUAGCAAUAUGAUAAUUUUCAUGUUUCAAGGUACAAGUUUCAAGUAGAAAGGGAAAAUGAGGAGGAUGAAACUGCAGUAAAUUAAGGCCACGUUAAAUUUAGGAUGAGUAUGUCUUACUAUGCACUCACUGAUUUUACAGCUCUGGUGAUUUCAUCCUGAUACAUCUAAGUGUCUCCACGUAGUCAAGAAACUAAUUUGGCAAACCACAUUCAUUUGGAAUCAUAUUUACUACCACAGGUUUCAUCGUCCUGCUGAUAAGAAACAAUUGCUCACUACUAAGUCUUGCAAAACUGAGUAAGUCUUUCAAAGCUACAUCCACUAGUCUUAUCUUGACAGAUUAGGGGUGAGAAUUACAUGAUCAUUUCUAUGUAACUCAUUCCCCUAGAGUGCUAAAAAUAAAUGCAGGUAAAAAAAAAAUAAAAAUAAAAUAUGUUUUUUCUAAAUCUUAUUUCUUUAGAAAAGAUGGAUAGAAGAAACACACCUGUUCCUUUCUUUCAGCAUGUAUUUUAGGUAUCAAUAGUACAAUAAUACAGUACCAUAUCAAAUGGCAAAGAAUGUAUACCAGUUGAUUGGUGUCUUGCCAUUGUGAUGCUUGUCUACAGGAAGGGCCAGAAGGAGGGUCUGGGGAACUAGAGGGCUGUCAACCUGACCUCAGUGUCAUGGGAGGUCAUGCUGAUCAUCUUGAGUGCAAUCAUGUGAUAUGUAGAACAACCAGGGGAUCAGAUCUAGUCAUCAUGGGUUCAUGAAAGGCAGGUCCUUCUUGACCAACCUCAUCUCUAUCUAUGACCAGGUGAUCCAUCUGUUGGAUUAAGGAAAGGCUGUGGAAGAAGUCUGCCUAGACUUCAGCAAAUCCUUUGACUCUAUUUCUUCAGUAUUGUCCUUCAGUAGCUGGCAGACCAUGGCUUGGAUAGGUGUAAUCUUCACUGGGUAGAAAGCUAUCUGGAUGGCCUGGGACAGAGUGGUAGUGAAUGGAGUUAAAUCCAUUUGCAACCAGUGAUUAGUGGUAUUCUUCAGGGGUCAGUGUUGGGCCUGUUCUGUUUAGUAACAUUACUAAUGAUCUAGAUGAGGGAAUUGAGUGUAUCCUCAGUGAAUUUUUAGAUAACACCAUGUUGGGAGGAAGUUUUGAUCUGUCCAAGGAUAGGAAAGUCCUACAGAAGGAUCAAGAGGCUGGAUCUCUGAGCUGAGACCAACAGGAUGAGCUUCAACAAGACCAGGUGCCAGGUUCUUCACUUUGAUCACAACAAUAUCAUACAAUGCUACAGGCUAUUGGUUGGCAAGCUGCACAGACAAAAAACAUAUAGGGAUAUUAAUCAACAGCCAUCUGAACAUGAACAAGUAGUCUGCCCAGGUGGCCAAGAAGUCCAAUAGUAUCCUGGCUUAAAUGAGAAAUAGUAUACUAAUGUGGUGAUCAUCCCUGUACUUGCACUGGUGAGGCUACACCUCAAGUACUGCGUUUAGUUUUGGGAUUCUCACUACAAGAAAGACAUCAAGGCCCUGGACAAUGGCCAGAGAAGUUGAAAGCUGGCAAUAAAGCUGUUGAAGGGUCUGCAACACAAGUCUUAAGAGAAGUGGCUGAGAGAACUGACAUUUAUUAGUCCAGAGAAGGAGAGGAUUCAGGGAGACUUUAUCACUUCUACAGUGACCUGAAAGUGGGUUGUAGCGAGAUGGGGAUCAACCUCUUCUCCUGGGUAACAGUGAUAGGAUGAGAGUUAAUAGCCUUAAGUUGUUCCAGGAGAACAUUAGGAAUGAUUUCUUCUCCAAAAGUGUGGUGAUGCACUGGAACAGGCUGCCCAGGGAGGUGAUGGGUUGACAGUUGGACAGUUAGAUGAUUUUGUAGCUCUUUUCCAGCCUUAAUGAUUCUAUGAUUAUUUCAUCUUUUAGCUUCAAUUUUCCAGCAAGUAUGAGAAUGCUUCAUUCCAGGCAUGUCUAAUCCACUGGCCACAUAAGCCCCAGGAGAGCUCAUACUGCAGCCUGCCCCUUCCCCGCACUAUCAUGGUGGUGGUUCUUCCCUUCUGAGCAGUCCAGCUAAGACCUGGGCACACAUCCAUCUCUUAGCAACAACCAAUAUAUCAGUGUCUCAGCUGAACCCAGGACAAGUGGAAGGUACAGUACAGUGCUAACUCAAGACAUGGCAAAUAAUUUUAUACAUUUUUUAUGCUUUGGCUGAACACAGUCUUUCGAACAACAAAAAAUAGGCAGUCUUGAUUUCUGUCUUCAUAAAGGAAUUUGAGAACAGGUUUCAAGACUGAAGAGAAUUUAAUCAAUUUUUGUGUAUACUUGCAACUCCGUUUUCAGUCAAAAAAUACAAUACCUACAAAUUUUCAAAUGAAAUGUAUAGGGUUGCCAUCAGAUAUUCAACUCAAAAAUUUGAUCAUGUCUUUUCAUUAGACUUUUGUAAGACCUAUCUUACCAGGGAAAACUAGUCCUCACUUCACAAUCACACCUUAUAUAUGUCACCACUUUUUGGCAGUAUAUACAUUUGUGAGCAACUAUUCUCAAGGAUGAAGUGGAGGAGGAGCAACAUUUCAUCAAAAAAUAACUGAUGAGCACCUUGAAAAAUCAGUAAGAAUCGCAAACGCUUCCAUCAAACCAGACAUUGAUGCAUCAGUUUCACAAAACAAAGUCACCUCACACCUCACUAGUUUUAUGCUUUGUUUCUCUCUUUUUUUUUUUAAUUUCAGUAAAAAAGAAAAUAUAUAUUACAAAAAAAAAUAAUAAUAAUAAUUUUUGUUACCUACUUACAUUAACUAUAUUACAUAUUUUGUAUACAGCCCAAGAUAAUUCCUCUUCAUUCAGUCUCAGGAAAGACAAAAAGUUGGGCACCCAUGCCUUAUUCUGCUCUUUGAAGCUGCCACUUGUUCAUAAAUUAUGAGUUCCUCCAAUAGCUAAGGACAUUUCUAUAGGUUAAGAAGUGUAAGCUAUUGAUUACAAUUAUAUUUUUCAUCCUGUGACUGUGACUUCAUAAUGCUCAAUGUACCUUUAGGAAAUAAUUUAUUUUGGGGCCAGUAUUCAUAAAACAACUACCAAAAAAAAAAAAAAAAAAAAAAGAAAAAGAAAAAGGCAGCCAUGUUUAAAGUUUUCUAGAACUUUUCCUUUAAGUCACCUCCACUUUUGAUCCUAAAAGACAAAAUUACUUUUGGUGUACUGUUGCAUAUUUAAGGGGCUUGCAAGAAUCAUAAUCCUGUAUGUUUCCAUCUUGUUCCGUAUAUAUUUAUGUUCACAACUGUUAAAAUGGGUGAAAAUACACACCUAUGUACGUACACACAAGAACACAAAGACACACACCAAUAUGGCUUAUAUACAUGGAAAAUAAUCAUCUAACCUUCAAGAUGUUGUAUGGUAUUGUGUUGAUAUUGUGCUUGCUGGCAGCUGGUGAGAGACGGUCUUUACUGAUGACACUGUCUAUCCUGGCAUGGAAAUAGAGAGGAGAGCCUGUUCCUGAGACCCAGGGAACAACUCAGGUUUCCGGAUCAGAUCAAAACACAGUAUAAUCUUUCAGGGUCACAUAAUAAUUUGCUCUUCUGAACAUCUCUCAAGCUCUCAUUUCUUUGCUUUGUGUUCCAAACCACAUUUACCAGGUUUCACUCUCCUUCUGAAAGAUAGUUCUGCAAGAUGCAGAUGUUGAUCUCGAAAAGCAACUCUCCGUGGAUACCUCUUCUGGCUUUCCUGGCUGUCACCUGCGUCCUGUCCUUCCUAUGGCCCCUGAUGGCCCUGCUGCCAGUGCUGCCACGUCUUCACACCAGGUUUGGCCAGAGGAUCUCAGCAACUAUUCCAUACAAUGUGCUGCACUGGCCACUUUGAUUUCACACAGAAGUUGAGAAAACUCUGUGGGUGAAUCAUGAAAAGAACACCAAAACCAACAACAAUAAUAAACAACAAUAAAAACUGCA